AUGCUCACUGAAACAAAUUUGGAUGAUUCAGUAUUGGACAAUGAACUUUUUACUGAUGAUUAUUUAGUUUUUCGCACAGAUAGGAACAAUAACAAUAACAAAAUCAAUAAGAUGUCUGGUGGUGGGGUCCUCAUAGCUGUAUCGAAGAAAUUUUCAAUUAAAAAAGUGAAUUUAUUUGGUUUUGAGGAUCUGGAACAAAAAUCAAAUAUUGUUGCAAUAAUUGACGAAAUCGGUGCCAUAGAUUGGGAUGAUGUGCUUGAGUUAUCAAAGGAGGAGUUUGUAAGCAAAUAUAAUUCGCAUAUUCAUUCCGAUUUGUAUGAGUGGUUUGAUGAACUUCGAAAUCCAAUGGAAGACAAUUCAGUUAAUCGUAUGACUUGGUUGUUCACUGUUAUUCUUUGUUCCGUGAUACUUAAUCAUACUCCAGUGGAAACAAGAAAAUUGAACUCUUCUUUUCCUCCAUGGUUUGACUUUGACUUGAGAAAGCUGUGUAGAAGGAAAAACAGAUUGCAUGGAAUGAUUGAUCCCUCGAAUGUUGCAAGUAGAAAAAAAUAUGAAGAAGUUAGAAUGGAAUUUAAGAGGUUGAAUCGCAUUGCAUACAAGAUGUACACAGAAAAAUUAUCUGAUGAAAUUAAAUGUAACCCGAAAUCUUUUUUCACAUUCGUAAACCAGAAAAGGAAAUCAAAUAAGUUCCCAUCAAUAAUGUCUUUCGAAGGAACUCUGCUUGAAGGGGAUAGGAGUGUUGCUGAAGGGAAGUUAAUGAGAACGGACAAAUCUAAACGUACUUAUGAUUCCUGA